GAGAAACACUGACUGGUGCAGGAGAAUCUGCUGUUGAAUCUCAUCACCUGUAUCCUACUCCAUAUCUCUGCCUGGCAAAGAUGAACCACAGCCCUGGUGAAAAAGAGCCUGAGACCACAGAGCCACUGCGCUACCUCAGUAAAACCGAGAUGGCUGCCAUUGAAACCGAGCUCCUCACAGACUAUCGCUUUGGACAGCAGCAGCUGAUUGAGAUUUGGGGUCAUGCCUGUGCCAUUGCCAUCACCAAGGCCUAUCCUCUGAGCUCUCUGACCAAGAAACAACCUACAGUCUUGGUUAUUUGUGGGCCAGAGCAAAACGGUGCCAUUGGCUUGGUGUGUGCUCGACACCUGCGCAUAUUUGAAUAUGAGCCCACAAUUUUUUAUCCCAAACGAUCUCCUGAUAACUUACAUCAGGACUUUACCAUUCAGUGUGAGAAGAUGGACAUUCCUUUCCUUUCUUAUCUUCCAACCGAGGUCCAGCUCAUAAAUGAUGCCUAUAAUCUGGUGAUUGAUGCUAUUGUGGGGCCAGAAAUAGACCUUAAAGAUGUAAGAGAACCCUAUUCUGGAAUAUUGGUCACCCUCAAACAGGUGAAGAUCCCCAUUGCGAGUGUGGAUGUGCCCUCAGGUUGGGAUGUGGAUGAAGCGAGUAAAGAUGGGAUCAAUCCAGAGGUUCUUAUCUCUCUGACAGUCCCCAAAAAGUGUGCCACAAGUUUCUCUGGGAAGCACUUUCUAGCCGGACGUUUUCUUCCAUAUGACAUGCAGAAAAAAUAUGAACUCAAUCUGCCUGAAUUUCCAGGCACCGACUGUUUUAUAGAACUGUAACACUGACACAACAAAAAUAUUUUGGAUAUGUAUGAAUUAUAUAUAUAUAUACACAUUCACAUUUUGUACUUUAUAGGUUGUUACUGUGGUAAAAUGUAUAGAAAUUUGUGCACAGAGACUGUUGUAGUGACUGGAUAUGGUGUGGAUAUGUACUUCGGUAAAAGUGCGUAGCUUAUGUUUUUUUUUUGUUUGUUUGUUUGUUUGUUUGGGGGGUUUUUUGCCUGAAAAAGAAGGUUCUGUUCUGUAAUGUUUUUUGUUCAUAUACUUAUGCAAUUUCACAUGGUAGAAAAUAUUUUGACUGUUCUGAUAAUUGAUCCAAGCUUUUGCCCUUCAUUCAAUUUUAUGGUUAAAAAAACCCUCGAGUUUUCUGGGUUCAAGCCCAGCGGCUGAUGAGGGCCUUUCUGUGUGGAGUUUGCAUGUUCUGCCCAUGUAUGUGUGGGUUUCCACCGGGUGCUCCGGUUUCCCCCACAGUCCCAAGACAUGCAGGGUAGGUUAAUUGGUGGCUGUAAAUUGACCGUAGGUGUGAAUGUGAGUGUGAAUGGUUGUUUGUCUCUGUGUGUCAGCCCUGUGAUGAUCUGGAGACUUGUCCAGGGUGUACCCCGCCUUUCGCCCGUAGUCAGCUGGGAUAGGCUCCAGCUUGCCCGCGACCCUGCACAGGACAAGUGGUUAUGGAUAAUGGAUGGAAAAACCUUGAAUAUUCUUUAGUAUUAGACAUUAAAUUAUAAAUACAUUAAAUUCUUCUAUGUAUUAUAUACAAUUACUGUGUCUU